CUACAUUUUCUGAAAACAAAAGAUUCUCAAGUUUUUCUGCAAACAGACCAAUAAAAUUGAAUUAUUCAACUAUGCAACUGUUGAAAACUUAAAACCGUUUGAGCUUAACUGACCUCCCAGGAAACAGCCCUCAAAUUUAUGAAUGGUAUGGUUCAUAACCCAAAAAAACUUCAGAAUAUUUCGUUUUCGGAAAACAUAGUAAAUUAUUGGACAGUCUUCUUCCAAGUGUUCCAGGUUGAGUGUCUGCACUGUAAAGUAAGAGCCAUAUGUUGCUAUAAUAGUGUUGUUAUGUGGCUAAAUGAAAUUUAGGCUAACUUAAACUCAAAACGAUGCUGUCCACCAGUCUCUCACUUGUGAUUUUCAAGGGCACCCUAAUAGCUUCACAGGGGCAUUUGGGUUUUACAGCUUUGCAGCUGAGGUUAGCCCAUUAAGUUCAUCUUGCUUCUUGUUGCUGGUGCUCAUUAGCCUGUUUUUUCCCCUUUCCUGUCUUCCCUUUGGUAAGUAUAUGGUAAGAAGCCUAGGUUUCACUGGUUAGCAGUGUGACAGUGCCUGCCUGUCAUCGUUAUGCAUUGCUCUCGGCUAUGGCCCUUGGCUCCACCAACUUUUCAGGCACCCCCCCCCCCCCCCCCCCCCCCCCCCCCAACAUGGUAGUGCAAGUGACAAAAAUAAUAAUCUUGCUAAUUUCAAGGGGAUGACAUUUGACAGUUAGAGAGAGUUGGUUACAAUAGUAUCACUUAUGCUGUGUUUACACUCAAGCGUUUACCAAGGUAAACAUUAACUGACUAAACCCUGGUACAUUUGUACAGUGUUUAUACAGGCUCGAAUAACUAAGGUAAAUCUGUCAUCAAGCACAAUCUAAUCAAAUUGGCGGCAAAUUCUAAAUCCACGCAUAAAAUGCUCGCGUUUAGAAGAGAAGCUGUGGCUCUUGUAGUCCUCGCAUUUUAUUUUCUUGUUCUUGAUCAGCAAACCCAGGAAUCGAGAUUGCAGCAGCUCUUACUUUUACAGCACCUAAAGAGGUCGAGGCGAAAUCGAUUAAUUCUGCUACAAAUUGCCCUUCGCAAGACAAGGCGUAUUAGAUGUGCGUGGUCAUGGCCGAGAAACCAAUUCUGGUUCGAAACUCUAUUAAACGGAAAUUUUGUUGAAGAAUGGUGUGUCUUUUGUGUCUUUGGUUUUUGCCAUAACUUCUUCGUAGACCGAAACCAAACAUGGAAACCUGGUUGAAAACCUGGUCUCGAAAACGUGAUCGAAUAAGACUGACGCAAUCCCGACACCACAGGAUGUGAAAUUCUAUGUGACCGCAAGCGGAUGUAUCUGUCAUCCAAACCUUGGUUACUGACCUUAACCCUGCCUGCUCGCAGGGUAAACCGAACUUUUACCUUAGUUAACUUUCUAUUGUCUUGAGCGGUGUUUACCAGGGUAUCAGUUGGCAUUUACACAUGCAAAAUAUUUACCUAGGUAAGCUAACUCCAAUACCUCGGUAGCACGCUCAAGUCUAAACACAGCAUUAGUAAAGUUGGCUACCCAUUAAAGUAGGGAAAUGAUAGUGACAAUCUCAGGUAAGUGAAAAAAUAGGGGUCUGUAAGGUUGCUAGGGAAUUUGUCAUCUUAACCAAAGUGUAAUUUGCUUUGACAGAUGAAGGAAUUGUAUAUGAUGUACUGUGCAAACCAUCCAAGGGCAGUUGAAGUGCUUACAAAAUAUGGGUAAGUAAAGGGAAGCAUAACUAAGAUUCUAGGUGGAAAAGCAAGGUUAUGUAAAAGUUUUUAUCAUUCAAUUAGUUAAUCAAUAUGAAACCAACUAUAACUGUGUUAAGGAGUUAUUGCAUUGUACUCAAAAAUAGGGUGACAUCCUGCAAUGUUACUUGUUGACCCUCACUAUCACUGUAAAGUGUAUCCCUGGUUCCUCAUAAGUCAUGACUAACAAAAUCUGAUGACCUCAUAGCGGGAGUCUGAUUUGUUUAAGUAUGAUUACACACUGAAUUGGACAGCAGAAAGUUCUGUACCAAUUAAUCAUAACUUCAGGUGUAACAAAAUUUGUGAUAUUUUAAGGUUUUUAAAAUUAAACGUAAGAUAUUCUGAUAGUCUUUUGGUAGCAGUGAAAAUAAAAAAACAUCCAAGUGCAUGUGCACGAUCGCGUCUACUGUUCAAUAAUAGGGACUUUACAAUCCGACGACGCGACGGCAGUGAAAACGUCGCUUCAAAAAUGAAUUUGCAUUCUUUCGGUCUUCAUCGCAAUUAUACCAACUCACUUACUUUGUCAAAUGUAGGCGAACCCUCACGGAAUUGAAUUUCUAAGAACCAUAUUCAAGUUUAGAAAGAGAAUAAAGCUGUGUCGUCGCUUGUUUACGUCCUCCCUUAAAAGUAAAAUUAGGCAAUUUCACGUUGUAGUCAUGCAAAAACGGCAAAGAAAUGUACAAAAACGUGAGAUGCACUUGCAAAGUUGUUGUUUUGCCCACUAAACCUAUUGUUGUUUUUGACGUUCCCGUUGCCGUCACGUCGUCAGACCGUAAAGUCCCUAAUAUUACUUAAGCAUGACACGUGCAGACCUAUUACACUGUCCUAUUAAAGCUAAAAUUAGGACAGCUGAUAGCCAAUCAGAUUUGAGGAUUAUGUUAUAGAUAAAUGUGCUGUUUGGUUUGUUACCUUGCAGUGAUGAGUUGUCAGCAUUCAUUGAAAGUAAGGGAGCUCCAGCACCAGGAAUACUAACACUGACAACCAGUCUUAGUAAUGUAGGUUAAUCAACACUCUUGUUUCUUUACUUUUCUAUGUUCCAAACAUUUUCAUCCCACAUUGUGGUGGAAUGGCAUUUCUGACUAUUUGGCCAAGGGAAAGUUAACACACACUUGGAAAAAUCAAUCAAUCAUUGACCAAAUCUGUGAUGGCCAGUAGCAUCUAUAUCAUAAUUCAGCGGUAAACACACAAAGUAUCAAGUGGGCUGUCUUUGUUUGAUGUUUGGGCAAACAUUGUUCACUCAUUUAGCAAAUCCAUGUGACCAUCAUUUUUUAUUGUUUAGCUAGGCCAUGAACAAGAAGUUUUUUCUCUCAAGCCUCCAAUUAGUGCAAGCUGAAUUCAUUAAUAACUGAAAUAAAGCAUUAAUGACUAAAAAUAAAGGUUGGAGAAUUAGUUGCCCAAAUGAAAAUCGAUAACUUAGGAUCUCUUUUUGUUGUACAGAAUUUUUUCAUGGCCAUAUUAUUUUUCUACCUAAUUUUUGUUUUAGUACAGUAGUCUUGAUUUAACUAUUUCAGACCAAUAUAACUACAAAUAAUGUUUUGUUAUCCUCAAAGACUGUCUGUGCAGUUGUUUAUCAGACAGUUAAAUCUACAAUCCGCUUCUAGGAUUAACAUUCCAUGUGAGAGAAGCAAGUUGGAAAUUCACAUUGAUACAUAAUUUCUAAAAAAGUGUGUUGAAGAUCUUCAUUUUCUUUUGCAUUAGUCUGUUAUCAAUAUUUGUUGACUAAAAUUUGAAAAACUGUUGUGGUAUGCUCUUUCCAUGAAUUUAAGUUGUGGAUCCUUGUCUUUCUUGUUUAUUAGCCCUUCAGACAUCUUGGCAAGUAUCCAAAUCAUAUGAAAGAGUUGGAGAGACAUCUUGAGGUUUGAGAACAUUUAAAUUAAUUUUGAUGAUCGGUUCUGCAUACAUAACUGCAAUACAAAAUGCCAUGGAUUUCUUCCCCUGUAAAAUUUGUGAAUAAUAUUAUGGGUCAUCACACAUUAGGAUUUCUUUGACAGACUUUAGUGCUUCUUUCUUAUUACCACUGUUGACAAGUAGCCACUGCAGUCUGGUUUUAGAUUUGGUCAGAAUUGGGACUUUUUUGUUGGAUCCAAACUUUAAUUGGGUUGCUUUUUUUUCCUGCAUCUAAAGGUUACAUCUUUAAGAUUUUCCCCCUUUCUGGUGACACCCCUGUUUGUGUUUCGUGCUUUUUUUAUUGCGUAAAUUUUAAAUGGCAAUAAGCACUUUCAUGGGAUAAAAUUUUCUAAAAUAGCAUCAUGUUAAAAAAUCUCUAAGGAAUUUUUAAUAGGUUAAUAUUUCUUGCAUGUAAUCAUGAAGCUUGUAAUAUUUAUUUUCUUCUUCACUUUAGGAAGGGCACAUAGAUGAAUUGGACACCAAAAAGGCAAUAGCUGUUUUUCAAAAUUUGACGGUAAGUGUUCACAGUGUGUAAUAACAUCAGCUGAAAAUUGAAUUGCAUUAUAAUAUUUCACCCUUUUGUUUUACUCUGCUCUCAACCUUUCUAACCCUGGCAAUAUAAAGAGGUAAAUUCUUCUUUCUCAUCCCAAACUCCAAAUUUUAGUGAAAAUUUGAAAAUUCUUUGUCAAAUACUAAAACAUGGAGUACAGUAUGAAAGAAUUCCAAGGGGUAUCGUUCAGAGACUACUAUAGUCUGAGUCCCCUUAGCAUGGAUUUUUUUCACCACCACACAAAUGUUAAGAAUUUGGAUAAAGAGGGUAAGGGUCAUGUAUUUUAAGCCUAAUUGUGACCAGUGUUAAUUUUAUCCUUUUAAUGUCUCAGCUUAAUUGAAGAUUAUGUUUUUAAGUAGAUGGGAGAGAGAUCACCCACAGAUAAAAUGUCUUGACUGUUAAACAACUUCUCCUUGAGAGUACCUUAAGUAGUGUACCUGGGAACAGUAUGGAGAAUGUGUGUGUUGAUAUAAAGGAUUGAUGGGAUUAACAGUGGCAAUUGUCACGCCUGUAAUCACUGUGUAGCUUGUCACGAAGUUUUGUUCAAACAUGAGUUCUUAAACCUUGCCUGUUUCAACAUGAUUGUUUUAUCACACAAAUACGACCUCAGUUGUUAAAUGCUCGGUUGAAAAAAUUAUGCCUUUUCUUCCUCUGAUCUGUAGAUUUUUCCACUUUCAGACAAGCUGCCAUGAGACUAGGAAAAGAAAAGAAACCGAAUUAGAAAUGCUGACAGGAACGAUAGAGGGCUGGGAGGAAGAUGUAAGUGAAUUUAUAGAAGAUGAUAACAACAUUUUGAUAGGUCAAGUUUGCUUUCAUUUCACUGUAUUGCCUAGCGUUCACAGUCAUGUUUGUGUACUAGAAUGUGAACUAUUAUUUGCAUUGAAGUAGUUGACAUUUUUGAGUGAUAACUCUUUCAGGAUUAAUUUGAAUUUAGAAAGGCCCAAUCUUUCUACAGUGUAACUGAUUUUACAUUUAUUUGUGGAUUAUAAGGUUUACAGAGUUUGUUAACAGGGUUUCAUUUUUCCUAACCUUAAAGCUUCCUCUGCAUAUUCCCUGUUCAGUCUUAGCUUUGUUUACUUUGAAUGUUAUAAUUUUUAUUGUGCUUAGCAUCUGAAUGGUUUACAUGUACAUGUGCUUAUUCCUCUUUGCAUCCUAAGGAUUCUAUUUGUUGCAUUUUUAUAUGCAAUGUACAUAAAUCGUUAUAAGAAAUUAUCAUAGGUAUUUACCAUCAAGAAAAGGAAGUUCAAUUUUAUUUAAUAUAUUUUUGUUAUUCUUUGUUAUUUCUUCAAAUUAACAGUUCUAUUUUUUUACAGGAUAUUAGCAAACAAGGAGAUUUGAUUUUAAUGUCACAGUUUCUUAUUCAUGGGGAAAAUGGGGUAAAAUUUAUGCUCUCUAAAUUAUACCUUUAGUUUAUUUAUUGAGUUUGGUUUUUUUCCCUCUCUGAGUUUUUCAGCUGCAUUGUACAAUACAGCUACAUCAUAGAAUUUCUUCCUGUUAUAUAUUUAAGGAUCCUUCCAAUAUUAAGUCCCUUGUGCCCAUAGCUCCCAUGCAAGGAAGCAAGAUCAAAGUCAACUUCGUUUGUAUAAUUGUCUAGCAGUCUAUUCUCUUGCAAUUUUACAGGCCAAUGAUUUUAACAUACUUUAUUGUUGGUAAAAUUUCAUGUCAAAAUAUCUCUUAGUGGAAAAAUUGGCAGCUUAAGUUUUUAAAACGUGUUGUUUUGUAUCUUGCAUGUCCUCAAUGAUAUUUGAGGAUUAAGGUUGCAUGAACUUAGUAAGUCAGACUGAUCUGGGACAGUUAAGUUGUUUACCAAAGGUUAAAUAGUGUCACUAACAACUAACGGCUAUUUUUGGAUACAUUCAUAGUAAUAUUAGCAACUUAUUUUUCCAUUAUCUGUUUAUAUGUAAUAUUACUGAUAAUAAAAGCAAGUUUCCAAUAUCAGCACUAAUACUGUAUGUGUUUUGGGUUAUUUUUCCAAUUUAGGAAGUCAGAGAAAGAUCCUUUCUUUUGUUUCCAAACUGCCUCAUUAUUCUUUCAGUCAAUGCAAAUGCUUGUGGAUACAAAUUUGAGGUACAAUUUCACUUUAAAUUCAAGCUGAUUGGUUCACUAGAAUGUCCAGUCAUAAGUCAAGAAAAAUUUCAACUGUUAUAAACUAAACAGUACUAUAUUGACAUUGAGAAAGAGGUUUCUUGUGAAAAUGAGUUUUAUUGGUUUCAGCUCUAUCAAAAUCAUCAUUAUUGUUGUUGUUAUUUUUUAAUUGGCCAGUGAUAAUUUUUAUUGUCCAUUUUAUUUUUCUUUUUAGAAAAAGUACAGUCUUUCAGAUAUAACAGCUCAUUCACUGGAAGAUACAGAAGGCAUUUUAAAUGCUUUUGAAAUUAAGGGUAAGUAAAAGUUUUGUGUGAAAGCUGUUAGAUUUAUAAUAACAAGUCUUGUUUUAUUCUCAUGUAAAUCAAGCCAGCAUCUAUCCCAAGUUCAGUCCAAAUAAUAAUAUAAUCAUAACUAUAACAAAAUUUUCAAAUCUGAUUGGCUAUCAACUGUCCUGAUUUCAGCAUUAAUAGGAAAGUAUAAUAGGACAGUACGCAUCGUGCCUAAAUAAUUGGACAGUACGCGCCAUUGCAUGCAUGCAUUUAAAUGGCUUUUUCACUGCUAACAAAAAUAGUCUCGGAAUUUCUUUUGUUUUAAUUAGUAAAAAGCCUUAAAAUUGUUAAAUAUCAAUUUUGUAGUUAUGAUGAAUUAGUAACAGAACUUCGUGUUGUCAAAAUCGGGCGGUAAUCAUUCUUGUGAUUAAACAAAUCGGACUCCUGCCAUGUGGUUGCUUGAUUUUGUUAAUGACUUGUAUGAUUACCGACUGAAUAAGACUCCUCAGUCCUAUUAAUGUUGUAUAUUGAAGCUGGUCUUCCUUUUUGGAAACCUUUCAUGCCAGUGAUAUAACUGAAGGACUGAAUUCCGCUUAAUUUCCGUGCAGUAUAGUUUAUACAUACACUUGUCUCUUCCUUUUUUGCCAAAAUUAUCAGAGUACGAAGAAAGUCAUUUUUACAGCUUGCAAAGCAUGUACUACCCCAAGAAUCAUUUUAACUAGCCUGAAAAAUAUGUUGUUGAGCAGGAUUGAGGACAGUUUUUCUGUAAUUUGAAAUGGAAUUCCCCAACAGACUUUAUUGGCCCAUUGGGCAAGUUAAGAUCACUAGAUGGACAGCAAAUUUAUCCACUCACCCCUUGUUAUCGGACACCUUUCAUUGCAUGCCGUGUAAUAAAUUAGGUAUCUAUCCUUUUUGCAUCAUUUUUCAGUUGGCGGAGAUGUCAUGAAGUUGUCAACCAAUCAUGGUCAUGAAAAGACAGCUUGGCUUGAAACCCUUCGCUUGCACUCUGAGAAGGGCAGUGUCACAUCACCUUCCCCGUGGGUGGAAAGACAUCCUGCACCAUUCACAGAACGGACAUUUUCAAAGUCCAGUCCUCCAAGGAGUGAUUCUUUUGGGUCGCCACCAAACUCAGCCACACCCAAGGGCUCUAGUAGUACCUCUGGUGUAUAUUCACAGGUAUGGUAGUUGGAACCUGUCCUAAAUGGCAACUGCUCAUCAGCCUGCAUUGUAGUAAUGUCUGUGAAGCAGCACUGAGAUCCUUGUUCUGGACUUCUUAUAGACUCAAUGAAUAGAGUACUAAAGUGUGACGUCAUAAAAAUGAAAUUUCUGAAAUUAUGGGAUUUGUCAGGAUAUUCUGAAAGAACAAUGUCUAAGAGGCCUACUUACCAAAAAUGAGCAUUUGGGGGCAAAUUGUCUCUGAGAUCGUAGCCCAGUUAUGCUUACAAAACUCCAUACAAACCCUUCUAAAUUUUUUUUGGGUCGACCCCAAAAAAAGUUAGAAGGGUUUGUAUGGAGUUUUCUGAGUAUAACUGGGCUACGAUCUCAGAGACAAUUUGCCGCGAAAUGCUCAUUUUUGGCAAGUAGGCCUCUUGGACAUUGUUCUUUCAGAAUAUCCUGACAAAUCCCAUAAUUUCAGAAAUUUCAUUUUUAUGACAUCAUCACUUUAGUACUCUAUUACUGGAAGCGUGUUUCUAAUUUUUCUUCAACCUGAAUAGCCAGUUGAACAGGCCAACUAUAGUGUGUACUCAAAUCCUGGUACACAGCUAAGGGCAAGAACAAGGAUUUGCACAAUGGCUGGCAGACAGUCUUAGCAGGAACUGUACUUUCAUCUCUGGUGCAGGCUACAUGUCAUAAGCAAACAUUUAAGAGGGAAUUCAUCAGGAAAUUGAGUAAUUUCAAUUUGCAGUGGACAAAAACCUUGUACCAGAAUAGUUUAAACAAUAUUGCAUUCUUUUUUACAUUUUUCAAGGGCUAUAGAUAUAAUUAGUUAUCUUUUAUAACACCAAAGACUAUUUCUCAUGGCAGCCCGAGAAAAUAAAUGUCAAAUUUCACAAGAAUUGUGAAAACACAGGUAAAAUUCUGAAAAUUUUGUGUGUAAGAUGUCAUUUUGUGAAAUUUGACAUUCGUUUUCUCGGGCUCCCAUAAGAAAUUUUCAUUGAUGUUAUUACAGAUAAUUAAUUACAUCUAUAGCCCUUGAAAAAUGUAAAAAAGAAUGCAAUGUUGUUUAAAUUAUUCUGGUACAAGGUUUUUGUCCACUAAAAAUUAAAAUUACUCAUUUUCCUGAAGAAUUCUGUGUUAAACGUUUUUUAGGAGACUAGGCCUGUUGAUAAUAUUUUAGUGAAAAUUCUUGUAAAGGUGCUUACCCUGUAGGAUUUGGGAUGAUUUUGUGAAGGUCCUUCCAGUUUCAUGGAGCAAGUUGAAUGAUUCAGAUCUUUUCUUUAUAAUAGUCUUCUAGUGAGGGGACAAAGUUCCGUUCAGCUUCAACUCCACAUUCAGUUGCCACUGACCUGACUGCCUUCAGCUCAAUACCUCAAAGCCCACAAAGGAAGGGACAUUGGGAUUUCACAAGACUCAGACCUACGCCGCCCCUUAGGCCUGCAUAUGCACUGAUUGCUAAGGAGGUAUGGUAGAUGCUACUAAAUAUAGGGGCUGUUUAGUUGGAUUUAGGAACGUACGGGCACCAGGAAGGUCCUAGAAGGCGGAACAAUUUUUAUUGGUCGUACAUGCUGAAAUUUCAAUCUGUGUGGGUACCAAGUAGAGAAGAAAUUAAAAAUGGCAGGCAACAAACAUGCAAUUUGGGCCCUUCUGCUCACUUUUACUAGCGUUAAUAACUACAUUUGAGCAGCAGCUGGCAGUUCUUUACACCGAACGAAAUUGUCAGCCUUUAUUGCAGUGAUUACCCAGUGAACAACCAGUUGCAAUAAAUUUUUGUUUGGUUCGUCUCUAGUGCUAGGAUCUUCCUGGCAGUGGUGGUCCCUCUUAGGACUACCACUGGAUAAUGAAUUACCUGCUGAUAACAAGUGAUUUUGUUACCUCUGUGUCCUGCAUCCCUUACUCAUAAAAAUACCAAAAGACACAAAGUAAUUCAGGGCAUGCGUCCCAUAGGACGCAAAGAAGGAUCAAUCGAUUUGAAGAUUUAUUUGGUAGAAUAUUGUGUUUGUGUGAUUUCUGUGGCUGUUGUUUAAAGAUGUAUAUAUAUAUAUAUUUUUUUUAUUCUUUUUUGUGCUUUGAAUAUACAGAAGGACUAGAUUUUAAUUUCAGUAAACUGUAAUAAAGAGUGUUGGCAACUGUCUCCAGUUUAUUUGUCUGAUAACAUACACUGUAAAGGCGAACUGGGACUCAUUGAUUAUGGAUAGGGACUCAUGAUUUUUCACAAUAUCAGUCCCAGGACUCACCAUAACUAUUUGUAACAAAAUCACUGUGAUAACACUAAAUUAUUAUCAACAUUGCCCUACUUUGCCUUUUUAUUUAUUUCUAUCAAGGACACAUCCACAACUCAUCGUUCAAUGAGAGGCUUACUUCACCCAUCACGAAAAAAACAAGGUGAGAUUGCAAGUUUAUUUCUGUACAGAUUAUAGGCGUGAAUCAUUGAUUUACAAAAGGUGUGUUCAUUAAGCUCUCGUCUGUUGAUUGAAAAUUGCAACUGCUGUAUUAAAUUUAAACUAAGCUCUAAACAGAAUCUGUAGUAAAAAGAAAGUUUAAAAUAACUACAGAAUACUUAACAUUAGUAGACUACAAUAAAACAAACGUUUUAAAAGCGUGAUAAAAGGGUAAUAAUGCAUUGUUGUAUGGUAGUUUUUAAUGAAUGCUUUAGCAUCUCGUUUUGACAACAUGAUUUAAAUUUGUCCUUGCUAAACAUAGUCCUUACUCAGUUUAGCCUUUUGCAGUUGUGACAUACUGAAUUGUUAAUAAUUUUGUCAAAUAAUAUCAUCAUUCGAUGCAAAUGUUUCUUUCUUUCCAUUAGCCGAGAGUCCACCACAUGACCUGCAAAUAACUGCCCACAAAUAAUGGUCUGCUCAUGCGCAAUGUUGUUCCAACUGUGUUCAGCUGCAAAUAAUAUUCUGCUCAUGCAUAAAUGAAACCACGCUUUUCUCCCUCUUGCGAUCACUCUUGCAUGAAAAUGGCUGAUUGUUUCGCUUCCCGAGGAUUUUCACUAAAAGCAAACUCGGUGAAUGAUUGAUAAAACAAUAAUUAAACUCAGUUAUCACAAAAUAUGGUCAUUUGUCAGUGUCUCCCAGAUCAAUUAUUUGCUUUAGCCUUCAGCUUCGUCAAAUAAUAAUAUUGAACUAGUGUCCACUGAGAAAUCAUGAUAUUUUGCUCAACCUCGUCCAAUAAUUGUUAAUUAUUUUGACAUUAAGAUGUUUUUUAUUAAUAUGCUUCCAUAUAUGCACUACUAAAAGUUUCCUAGUUGGUCUUGAAAGCUUUGAACAAAGUUCCUCCCCCUGAUAUCUCUGAUGAGCACACCCAAAGUUAAGUGGUCCAUGUUAACCAUAAUCAGCCAAGGAACAGCACCUCCUUCUUCCCCUGACAAAACCAAACCAAAUUAUAUUAAUGACUUAAUAUAUCAAAAUUGUCAUUAACAAAAGCAGUUAGCAAGUUUAACUUAAAAUGCAGCACUGUCAUAUAAAUUACUCGUUUAUUGUGCAAGGCAUUAGUUACUGAUAGUCUGGGAAUAAGGGUUGCAGAUUUAUUUCCUUGAAUCAAUACUGAAACGGAAUUAACAAUUACCAUUUCCAUUUGUCUUUAGGGCCUUCAAUCCUUUUAUAUAAUCCCCAGUUGGUAUAUGAGAUCAGAACUUAACUCAUCCUCUGUUAAUGUUUUCAAAAUUUCCCAGUCGCAACUUGAUAGGCGACCUAUUUUUUUUCUGAUAUUUGUUUCGCAUUUCUUUUGUGACUUUUGUUGAUGAUGAACUUGUUUCCCCAACUAACAAAUAUUUUUGGAGAUUUCAAAGGUCGUUUUUAAUAUCGCUAGACAUUGCGAAAGCCUGACAAAGGCAGGAGAGUAUAGGAAGAUUGACAAGUUUUCUAAGUGAAAUCAUUGCUUCACAGAGAUAAUAUUGCACAGGUGAAAAUUUCGCAACGAGUUGUACUGGGAAAAAUUUUUUUUCCCAAUCAAUUGAAAGGAACCCAAACAAAAAUGCCGCCUACGAAAUAAUAAAUUUUCUCUCUCCUUUAUCAUCCCUACAGGUGUUUAAAAAAACAUUUUUUGCAACAACCAUAAGCUGUCAGUUUUGCGAUGUUUAGUUUCACUUACAAUUAUCGCUUUUGUUUACAAAACCGCGAUUCAACUCGCAGCACGGUUCACAUAUUACGGUUAUCACAUAAUGUUCUGUGUUGAAUUUGCACCAAUUUAGCUUUUCCUCUUCAUGUUAUUAGAUUGUUUCAGUAUUGAUUCAAAAAUAUUUAUAAUAUGUAGUCCAGUUAAAAAACCACCGAACUUGGUUAGACAAGCAUUCCUACGAUAUCGAAGAAAUCGUCACUGUCGACAAGCAAGGCGCUUCGAUUGUGUGCCAUCUGUCACAUGUCAAAAGUUAAAAUGUCACGUGCAAGGCAACAGACUGAAGGCUAUUAGGCGAACGAAUGCAAGUCAAGUUUCAUUGAUGUUCAUUUUCAAAACGCUUAGCCCUGAGACUUUUUUAAGUUUUCAAUUUAGCAUGUUUUUCAACGGAAAAGUAAAAAAAUAAUGGAAUUCAAAUCAGCUAGAAUAAAUGUUCUUCAUAUUUCAGUAGAAGUGGUUACCAUUUCUGUUUCUAUACGCCACAACAUGAACCUAUUCUUCAUGGUCGCAAGCUUGGCGACUAUUCUCCAAAUCAAGUCGCCAGUUCCAAAAUUUUAGGCGCCAUGGCGACUAAAGUGGUCGCAACUUGGAGGGUUGGUAUAGUUUAUACAUACACUUGUCUCCUCCUUUUUUGCCAAAAUUAUCAGAGUACAAAGAAAGUCAUUUUACAGCUUGCAAAGCAUGUACUACCCCAAGAAUCAUUUUAACUAGCCUGAAAAAUAUUUUGUUGAGCAGGAUUGAGGACAGUUUUUCUGUAAUUUGAAAGGGAAUUUCCCAAAAGACUUUACUGGCCCAUUGGGCAAGUUAAGAUCACUAGAUGGACAGCAAAUUUAUCCGCUCACCCCUUGCUAUCGGACACCUUUCAUUGCAUGCCAAGUAAUAAAUUAGGUAUCUGUCCUUUUUGCACCAUCUUUCAGUUGGCGGAGAUGUCAUGAAGUUGUCAACCAAUCAUGGUCAUGAAAAGACAGCUUGGCUUGAAACCCUUCGGUUGCACUCUGAGAAGGGCAGUGUCACAUCACCUUCUCCGUGGGUGGAGAGACAUCCUGCACCAUUCACAGAACGGACAUUUUCAAAGUCCAGUCCUCCAAGGAGUGAUUCUUUUGGGUCACCACCAAACUCAGCCACACCCAAGGGCUCUAGUAGUACCUCUGGUGUAUAUUCACAGGUAUGGUAGUUGGAACCUGUUCUAAAUGGCAACUUCUCAUCAGCCUGCAUUGUAGUAAUGUCUGUGAAGCAGCACUGAGAUCCUUGUUCUGGACUUCUUAUGGACUCAAUCAAUUACUGGAAGCGUCUUUCUAAUUUUUCUUCAACCUGAAUAGCCAGUUGAACAGGCCAACUAUAGUGUGUACUCAAAUCCUGGUACACAGCUAAGGGCAAGAACAAGGAUUUGCACAAUGGUUGGCAGACAGUCUUAGCAGGAACUGUACUUUCAUCUCUGGUGCAGGCUACAUGUCAUAAGCAAACAUUUAAGAGGGAAUUCAUCAGGAAAUUGAGUAAUUUCAAUUUGCAGUGGACAAAAACCUUGUACCAGAAUAGUUUAAACAAUAUUGCAUUCUUUUUUACAUUUUUCAAGGGCUAUAGAUAUAAUUAGUUAUCUUUUAUAACACCAAAGACUAUUUCUCAUGGCAGCCCGAGAAAAUAAAUGUCAAAUUUCACAAAAAUUGUGAAAACACAGGUAAAAUUCUGAAAAUUUUGUGUGUAAGAUGUCAUUUUGUGAAAUUUGACAUUCGUUUUCUCGGGCUCCCAUAAGAAAUUUUCAUUGAUGUUAUUACAGAUAAUUAAUUACAUCUAUAGCCCUUCAAAAAUGUAAAAAAGAAUGCAAUAUUGUUUAAAUUAUUCUGGUACAAGGUUUUUGUCCACUAAAAAUUAAAAUUACUCAUUUUCCUGGAGAAUUCUGGGUUAAACGUUUUUUAGGAGACUAGGCCUGUUGAUAAUAUUUUAGUGAAAAUUCUUGUAAAGGUGCUUACCCUGUAGCAUUUGGGAUGAUUUUGUGAAGGUCCUUCCAGUUUCAUGGAGCAAGUUGAAUGAUUCAGAUCUUUUCUUUAUAAUAGUCUUCUAGUGAGGGGACAAAGUUCCGUUCAGCUUCAACUCCACAUUNAAAUGCUCAUUUUUGGCAAGUAGGCCUCUUGGACAUUGUUCUUUCAGAAUAUCCUGACAAAUCCCAUAAUUUCAGAAAUUUCAUUUUUAUGACAUCAUCACUUUAGUACUCUAUUACUGGAAGCGUGUUUCUAAUUUUUCUUCAACCUGAAUAGCCAGUUGAACAGGCCAACUAUAGUGUGUACUCAAAUCCUGGUACACAGCUAAGGGCAAGAACAAGGAUUUGCACAAUGGCUGGCAGACAGUCUUAGCAGGAACUGUACUUUCAUCUCUGGUGCAGGCUACAUGUCAUAAGCAAACAUUUAAGAGGGAAUUCAUCAGGAAAUUGAGUAAUUUCAAUUUGCAGUGGACAAAAACCUUGUACCAGAAUAGUUUAAACAAUAUUGCAUUCUUUUUUACAUUUUUCAAGGGCUAUAGAUAUAAUUAGUUAUCUUUUAUAACACCAAAGACUAUUUCUCAUGGCAGCCCGAGAAAAUAAAUGUCAAAUUUCACAAGAAUUGUGAAAACACAGGUAAAAUUCUGAAAAUUUUGUGUGUAAGAUGUCAUUUUGUGAAAUUUGACAUUCGUUUUCUCGGGCUCCCAUAAGAAAUUUUCAUUGAUGUUAUUACAGAUAAUUAAUUACAUCUAUAGCCCUUCAAAAAUGUAAAAAAGAAUGCAAUAUUGUUUAAAUUAUUCUGGUACAAGGUUUUUGUCCACUAAAAAUUAAAAUUACUCAUUUUCCUGGAGAAUUCUGGGUUAAACGUUUUUUAGGAGACUAGGCCUGUUGAUAAUAUUUUAGUGAAAAUUCUUGUAAAGGUGCUUACCCUGUAGCAUUUGGGAUGAUUUUGUGAAGGUCCUUCCAGUUUCAUGGAGCAAGUUGAAUGAUUCAGAUCUUUUCUUUAUAAUAGUCUUCUAGUGAGGGGACAAAGUUCCGUUCAGCUUCAACUCCACAUUCAGUUGCCACUGACCUGACUGCCUUCAGCUCAAUACCUCAAAGCCCACAAAGGAAGGGACAUUGGGAUUUCACAAGACUCAGACCUACGCCGCCCCUUAGGCCUGCAUAUGCACUGAUUGCUAAGGAGGUAUGGUAGAUGCUACUAAAUAUAGGGGCUGUUUAGUUGGAUUUAGGAACGUACGGGCACCAGGAAGGUCCUAGAAGGCGGAACAAUUUUUAUUGGUCGUACAUGCUGAAAUUUCAAUCUGUGUGGGUACCAAGUAGAGAAGAAAUUAAAAAUGGCAGGCAACAAACAUGCAAUUUGGGCCCUUCUGCUCACUUUUACUAGCGUUAAUAACUACAUUUGAGCAGCAGCUGGCAGUUCUUUACACCGAACGAAAUUGUCAGCCUUUAUUGCAGUGAUUACCCAGUGAACAACCAGUUGCAAUAAAUUUUUGUUUGGUUCGUCUCUAGUGCUAGGAUCUUCCUGGCAGUGGUGGUCCCUCUUAGGACUACCACCGGAUGAUGAAUUACGUGCUGAUAACAAGUGAUUUUGUUACCUCUGUGUCCUGCAUCCCUUACUCAUAAAAAUACCAAAAGACACAAAUUAAUUCAGGGCAUGCGUCCCAUAGGACGCAAAGAAGGAUCAAUCGAUUUGAAGAUUUAUUUGGUAGAAUAUUGUGUUUGUGUGAUUUCUGUGGCUGUUGUUUAAAGAUGUAUAUAUAUAUAUAUUUUUUUUAUUCUUUUUUGUGCUUUGAAUAUACAGAAGGACUAGAUUUUAAUUUCAGUAAACUGUAAUAAAGAGUGUUGGCAACUGUCUCCAGUUUAUUUGUCUGAUAACAUACACUGUAAAGGCGAACUGGGACUCAUUGAUUAUGGAUAGGGACUCAUGAUUUUUCACAAUAUCAGUCCCAGGACUCACCAUAACUAUUUGUAACAAAAUCACUGUGAUAACACUAAAUUAUUAUCAACAUUGCCCUACUUUGCCUUUUUAUUUAUUUCUAUCAAGGACACAUCCACAACUCAUCGUUCAAUGAGAGGCUUACUUCACCCAUCACGAAAAAAACAAGGUGAGAUUGCAAGUUUAUUUCUGUACAGAUUAUAGGCGUGAAUCAUUGAUUUACAAAAGGUGUGUUCAUUAAGCUCUCGUCUGUUGAUUGAAAAUUGCAACUGCUGUAUUAAAUUUAAACUAAGCUCUAAACAGAAUCUGUAGUAAAAAGAAAGUUUAAAAUAACUACAGAAUACUUAACAUUAGUAGACUACAAUAAAACAAACGUUUUAAAAGCGUGAUAAAAGGGUAAUAAUGCAUUGUUGUAUGGUAGUUUUUAAUGAAUGCUUUAGCAUCUCGUUUUGACAACAUGAUUUAAAUUUGUCCUUGCUAAACAUAGUCCUUACUCAGUUUAGCCUUUUGCAGUUGUGACAUACUGAAUUGUUAAUAAUUUUGUCAAAUAAUAUCAUCAUUCGAUGCAAAUGUUUCUUUCUUUCCAUUAGCCGAGAGUCCACCACAUGACCUGCAAAUAACUGCCCACAAAUAAUGGUCUGCUCAUGCGCAAUGUUGUUCCAACUGUGUUCAGCUGCAAAUAAUAUUCUGCUCAUGCAUAAAUGAAACCACGCUUUUCUCCCUCUUGCGAUCACUCUUGCAUGAAAAUGGCUGAUUGUUUCGCUUCCCGAGGAUUUUCACUAAAAGCAAACUCGGUGAAUGAUUGAUAAAACAAUAAUUAAACUCAGUUAUCACAAAAUAUGGUCAUUUGUCAGUGUCUCCCAGAUCAAUUAUUUGCUUUAGCCUUCAGCUUCGUCAAAUAAUAAUAUUGAACUAGUGUCCACUGAGAAAUCAUGAUAUUUUGCUCAACCUCGUCCAAUAAUUGUUAAUUAUUUUGACAUUAAGAUGUUUUUUAUUAAUAUGCUUCCAUAUAUGCACUACUAAAAGUUUCCUAGUUGGUCUUGAAAGCUUUGAACAAAGUUCCUCCCCCUGAUAUCUCUGAUGAGCACACCCAAAGUUAAGUGGUCCAUGUUAACCAUAAUCAGCCAAGGAACAGCACCUCCUUCUUCCCCUGACAAAACCAAAGUUGGUGGCAGUGCCUUUGCUUCAGCAAAGCCAAACUGCUAAAACUCACUAGUUUUGACUGUCAAGCUCUCUAAGAACUUUGACACUUUCAAAGUUCAACUGAAGACUAACAUCUUUUCAGGAGAGGGGGUUUUAGUAUCUGGAAGUAUUUUUUAUGUGAUUAUUUGUGAGCCUAUUCUAGAAAAUGGUUUAUCAUAUUCAUCCGAUAAUAUUUCUUUUUAAGUGCAGUGCUUUAAAAUUUGUAAUAGUGUAAAUCUGUUAUAUGAAUGAAGAUCAUCGCAGUUAUAUACGUAACUUUUGCAGCUGCAAAAAGAGAGCCUGGAAAAAAAACAAACUGCGAUGAUCUUCAUUCAUAUAAUUCUUGACUCCACAGUUCACAUAUAUGAUUUUCAUAUAUUCAGAACUUCAGGGUAGAUUUGUAUAAAAAUUUGUCAGUCAUUAUUAUGAGCACGUGUUAAAAAAUUAUCUUCCCUUUCCCUCCAAAACUGGUGUAACAUAACACCCUUACCCCACCCGGUAUAAUGGGUACCUCUCUGCAAUGGCCACUUAACCCCCUCCCCCUUGGCCAUUGUGGAGAGGUUCUACUCUAAAAAAAUCAAAACUAACAUUCAAAACCUGUUUCCACUUCAACCAGCCAUCAUCUCAAGGGCAAGUUUAAAAGGUGAUUAAUGAAUUCUCUUGUAGGUUGUCUUACUCUUAAUCCGCUUACAUCUUUCAAAUCUUGCACUUCUGACUGUAAGUAAUGCCUAAAAUGAAUUUCAUGCUAACUUCUUACUGUCUUGCAAUUCUUGCCUGUCUUUCAAGUGUGUGGAGUUAUGGAUAAAAAUAAAUUGGUGCUUUAAAUAUUUCUCUCUUCUGUAUAAAAAAUUAAUUUGCAAUUAAAAGAUAAGUUGUCUAAAAAUGAUGAUAAAAAGUUAAGGAUAAAAUAUUGUAUAAAAUAUUUAAGUUACUGCAAAACUAUCACUUACCUAAAGUGUUGAAUAAACUACAGAGCAACCUUGUUAAUAGUGUGGAAAACGUUUUUAAAAACCUCGUUGUCCUGCUAGUGAAACUUUUCUGGGGCCUGUAGAUAUUAAUUUUAGAGGUCUGUGUUAUACCAUGAACAUUCUGUUGCUUAAAGAAACUGCUUUAUUCUUGGUUGCACUGUAGUUCUAUUGAAGUCGUUUUAAACUAUCUUAAGCCAUUCUGUUAUACUCUCUAAGACCAAACAUUCUUUCCACACAAGCUGCUAUCCUGAAAAUAUGAGAAACUAAUCUUGUGAAAAGAUAAUGAUAUAUAUGUAUUAAGUUGAACAGUAAAGAAUAUUGUCAUGAAAAAUCCAGGGUAAUAUGUUUGCGUAAUGGCCCCUCUAAUCAUUCACAGAAUUACUUGUUAUUGUUUGUCCAGGACUGUUGCUAGGAUUUCAAGUUUCUGGGUAAAUACAACAAGUAAACCGGGAAUCAAACAGCUUGGGAUUUGUUGUGGUUCUACUUUUCUUCCAUUUUUUUUUUAUGAAACUAGUCUGGGGUCACUUUCAUAGUAACCAGGGAAUUCCCUGGUCCCCGGCCCAAAACGACAGCCCUGGUUGCCAGGAAGACAGAUAUAAUCAACCAGAUUAUGAUCAGUCAGAUCAUCAUCUUCCGUCUUUCGACCAACUGACUGUAUGUUCAGGCACUUCUAAAGUAAAUAUAUGAUGACUUGCCCAUUUAUUCAAAUUGGUUCAGAAAUUUCUAUCCUUACGCAGCAUCUUGUUAGCAUGAAACAAACUAAGCUCUGUAAUCUAACGUCCCUUGAAGUUAUCUAUUGAACAACACUUCUGUUUGACUGACACUUUAGUAUCUACCAAUAACUAUCCCAAUUUUAGUCUUUCUUUUCAAGUAACUUUUGAAAAAAUCACGUUUAGAACUGCUGCAUAUUUGAUAUGUUAUUUCUUCCAACAAAGUGUUGAAUGGGGUUGAUAAAUUCUAGCAAGGUAAAUAUCUAUAUAUUUAUUGUUAUUGCUUUCAAUCUCAGGUCGAACAAAGAGUGAACUUGAAGAUGACAAACAUGGCAAUACCUCAGGUAAAAAGAUGUUAACAAGUGCAUUACACUGUGUGAAAGAUGUUUUCCCUUGCUUAUAAUUUUAUCAAUUCUCAUACCCUUUUCUCUUGAUGUCCUGAGGUAUUACAGUGCGACUACUAUAACUGGGGCCACCUAGACAAAGUUGACCAGUUGGAUUACAGGAAAGUAACAAUACAUUCCGAGAUGUCUGUCAGACAAAUAUGUCUCCUGGGUGGUAUUUGUAAAGUCUCAAACAGAAAAACAUUGUCUGGUGAAACAUUUUGCCUUAUUGAAAAAUAUCUGCUAUCAAUGUUUAAAUUUUGUGCCUCGAACAACCUAUUGUUUUAUUAUGAGCUGCUGAUUGGCCCACAACCAACGAUGUAUUUUUGUUUUCCUGUAAUCUGAUUGGUCAACUUUGUCUAAGUGGCCCCAGUUACAGUAGUCGCACUAUAAAGGGUUUAGAUGCUCUUUCACUGUUUUAAGGAGUUAUGUUUUAUUCUUGACCCGAUUUUACGGCCAUUGCCUAAUAGCUGAAAUAGGCUUAAUCAUGUGACACAAAUCCUUUAGUCAACUGCUUACAGAAUCAGAAGUUUUAUUGGUUGCUAUAUUUUACAUGAUUCUGACCUAAAGGUUAUUUGACAUUAUCUUUUCAGGGGCGUGUUUCUCAAAACUCCUGAUAGUUAAGGGGCCUGGGAAGCUGUUGUUGUUUACAUUAAAGAUCGAAUUUUGAAUAGUUUUCCAGUUAACAUGAGAAAACUAUCAGUUGACAAAACAAAAUGGACUGAUUUGUUCUCUAGGACCUGUGCUUUUGUUCUGUAUAUUAUUGAUUUGAAUAUUUGAUUAUGGGCUGGAAAAUUUACCGGGAGUUUUGAGAAACAGGCUUAGGUCCUUAGCUAACUGCAGCUAAAACUCUGUUUUUUGUUUUUUCAGGAAACACUCGCGUUUUAGAAGAAGACAUGCUUAUUCUGCGAGUCGUAGAAGCUUAUUGUACGAGCGCAAGAGCUAGGCAUACACUGAAUAGUAAGUUCCAUUCAGUGACUUUGUAAUAAUACAUGUUGCAAUCAAAACGGGAAAUAUGGUGUCACAAGUGGGAUUGUGACCUGUAAUCAAUUUUUAGCACUGCCUUCUGAAAUUUUGAACUCAUCAGCUUUUACCACUUUGAUUUAAAGUUCUAAUGAAAAAAUCUCUGAGCUCCAUGAGGAAUGUGCUUGGUCCAAAAAAGUUGAACAGCAAACAAAAUGCAUCACAUUUUUGGUGACUUUUUACAACUACCUUUUCCAGUUACUGCAUAAGAAUCAUCCAAUUUGCAGUUCCGGGUAUAAUUGCUGUCAUGUUUCCUUAGACAAGAAACUUUGCUCAGCGUUUAUACGGGUAAUGGAAAACCUGGAAAGUCAUAAAAUUUAAGAAUUUCCUUUUCCAGUCCUGGAAAGUCACGGAAUUUAUUAGUUGGUCCUGGAAAGUCGUGGAAAAUUAAAACUACGUUUGGUAGAUUGGUUACUUCUGAUGUCAAACGAAGGACAAAGUAAGAUAGAGACAAGUAAUUUAAUAGCACAAACAGCACAUAUUUUAGUGAAAAUCAGGAUUUGUGUCUGUUGAACUAAGUUACAUAGGUAAAAAAAUGCCGUGAAACAAGGAUAGCUUGGAAAAUUUUUAAUAGUGACAGCCAAACAUAAAGUCGUAAAAGAGGUCAUGAAAAAAGUCCUUGGAAGUCGUGGAAUUUGAAGAGGUGAAAAAAGUAUGAACCUUGUUGGCUCCACUUGUCUCUCCCUUCACCCCGGCAUAGUAUCAGCGAUGUACUGCUGAGUACUCCUGAGAUGGACUAGCUUCUUCUCCAGUGGGGAGUCGUCAUUCUCCUAGGUACUUCUUACCAUGGAAAAUAGUUAAGCUCAGGCCAUGUAGGCUUCCUUGGCUUGUAUGCACCUUUAGCAUUUUAGAAGAGAGAUGGAUAGUUUUAUUUCCAAAGAAAAGACUGUUGUUUACAUGGUUUCUCUUUUUUCCCCAAGUUUAUGAUGUUAAGCAUUACAAUAGAGAAAACACAUGUAAUGAACAAUGCUGUAUUUUGUAUAACACUGUUCUUUGUUGCAAAACUCAUGGUAUCCUGUGUUAUAUUUUAUUCAAUAGUUCUUUAGAUUGUCAGAAAUGACAACAUGUAAUGUUAAUGCUCACCAGUAUUUUAAGCAAAAUUUGUCCCUUGUUGUAUACCUCUGUCCAAUUCUGGGGAUUGUAAUUAAUAAUAACAAUAUGGUACUGCACUGGAAAUUGUGGAGACAGUUUAGCUAAUGUAUGGUACUGGUUGACCCUGGUUUAGGUUGAUCAGCAUCAAAAUGGUUCUGGUAUUAUCAGUGCUUUAUAAAACAGAGUGGUUUGAACAAUUAAGAAUAUUACACACGACAGAAAUUUGCUCGACAACUUCUCUCCAUUACCUCUGCAGGAAAUGUGUGGGAGCAUCAAAAAGGGAAUUGAAAUUUUGAUUUAAGGCCAGGGUUUUCAGUGUGGUGCGAGAGUAAUGGCAACAUUAUUUUGUUGAAUUUCAGAAACAAAGCCUGCUUGAAAUGAAUACUUCAUUGAAUUUAAUUAAAAAGUCAAUCCACCAGGCUACUUUUUUGAUAUUUGCUAUUUUGAUUAUUAUUAUUAUUAUUAUUAUUAUUAUUUUUAUUAUUAUUUCGGCUAAGAGUUUGGGAUGAUGAGAGGCAAAAUUUGUUUGUUUGCAUUAACUUUUGCUUUGAUUCGCCGUUCAGAGAUUUUUUUUUUCCAUAGGUAAAAUUUUAAUAUAGACCGAGAUGAACUUUUCUUAUUUUGUACAGUUUUUACUGUGCUCCUGCCAUAAAUUUGAAAAGAUUCAGUCAUAAUUUAUUGGCUUUGCUUCAAGUACAUAGUUGUUCUGAAAGCUACACUCAUGAUUGUAACAUUAGAAAUUGGUGCAGUCACUGGUUUAUAAUUCUGGUAACUUGCAAACUUUGUAUCGUGCUGUCCAUGAAAAUUAUUAUUAGUAGCAAAGAAUCACCUCUGUUUGGCUGAAAUAGAAUUGGAAUGAAACUGAAGGGAAAAAUAAUGGUUACUGCUGCUAAUAAUUCUAGUUGUUAUCAAUGUAUUGUUCUUGAUAACUGGUUGCAAUCAAUAGUUGAUUGAUCAUGGUGAGUGGAAGAUCAUUUAUAAUAAUUUUGUUGUCCACAACAUUGAUGCUGAUUUUACUGAAUAACUGUGACGUAAGAUCUCAAGUUAUUCAUAAAGAAACACUCAGUGGUUGUCAUCAGUAUUGUGCUUUUCUAAAUGACAGCAUUUUCUUAGGCACUAAUGUAUAGUUUUCGUUUGCUGAAAGUCUUGCACCUUCUUGUAAAAAUUAGCCUGGGGUAUUUUUCAUUAACUAUGUGCAAAAGCUAAAAGCUGACUUGUAAAAUUUAUUUCAAAUCUUAUCAUAAACUUGAUUGUCAAUGUUGUACUAGGUUUGGGUUUAUUAAAGUUUUUCAUUCUGUGUACCACUGUUGUGUUACCAUUUUAUCACAUUCAUUUCUUUCAUUUUUGUUUUUAUACCCUGCCUCCCAUCACUUUGUUGCAUAACUACAUCAAUCACUUAUUUGCUGUUUAAGUUUGUCAACUAAGUACAUGAGUUUGGCUAAAUGAGUGUCACAUGGAGAAUCUAGAACACAAUUCACAGCCAUUGAAACAAGGCUUGGUUGGAUCAUCAUUGCUUUUGUUUUCCUGUUUUCGGUCAAUGCAAAAGUUUUGUAAGUUUUUUUAAAAUUUUUAUAAAAACCGAUACUCGAGACCUGGCACUGCAAUAAAGCACUUCAAUAAAUACUAUUGCUGUAAUGCACUUGCAGUUACAAAGACUAUAUUUACACUGCACUAGACUUUAUAAAUAUUGCUAGUCACUCCACAUUUUUCGCAUGCAAAAUAGAGUUAAAUUAAAGAUCAUACAAUACGUCUUACAGAGGUGACACCCUCACCAGACUCGAGCUUUUGUGAAAACAUGCCCUGAAGGUAUAACAAAUAUGAAAUCUUAGAAUGUGAUCCUUUUCUUGUGUGCAUAUUUUGUGCUGGUCUGCAUGCCACAUAAUAUUCAGCUGUGCACAUCAUGUCUUAUUUGCCAUAUUUAUAAUUUGCACUGAAACACUCUGUAGUCACCGAUAACUUGCACUUGAAAAAGUUUUUCCUCCUGAAAUUUCACCUAGCCAAAGUGGACUUUGAGUCUAAAACUUCUUAUAAUGUAAUGUUACUCCUUAAAUUGCAUGUGUCAUGUUUUCGUGUUCUAACUUCUAACCUGUAAUUUAAACUCUGAUUUAUACCUUUAAUAUAGAUUUUAAAUCUUUGACUUCUUUAAGAGCCUACUUUCAAUUUUUUUAAAUAUAAUCAGAACUGUACGAGAUCAUUCAGAUUCAAAUGUUGCCACUGCCUUGUGCAGCUUGACAGUAACACGCAAAGGUAACACUCUUGGACUUAAGUCACAGACUCAAAUUUCAACACCACAUGAAAUAACCUGUUUUAUGUGGCAACACUCGAGGAUUGCAUACAUCAACCCAGAGACUUAAGAGUUCCAACUAAAACUCACAGCUCAACAUCUGCCUUCUGAAGUGAAAGGACUAGUGUCUUAGUAAAUAAAUAUGUUUAGUGACAAGUCAGGCGUCAUAUUCUAAGUCUUUGUUAUACCUUCGUUGUGUGUGCAGAAGACGCAAAAAAUUCCCAUCACAGCGGUCUUGCCGAAGACGUUGCUAAUGAUGAUGAAAAUGAUGAAUCAAUUCAUUCAAGUCGUCCACGAGGUGCCAAGAUCUUGGCACAUGGCUGCUGCCCAGGACUAGUUAGCAAGAGUAGAUUGUACACAUAUUAAACUCUGGACUAAAGGAGUCUUCUGCAUUAGUCUUCUAAAAUGUCCAUUUAGAACACUUGCGUUACCUUAUGAUAAGAAAGCCACCCUAAGUAGCUUUCAUUUGCAGGGUUGCACUUAAAGAUUUGAUUUAUAAAUUAAGUUGCAAACAGGAGAAGCAGGUAGCAGAUUAAAAUAUAUCAAGAAGUUAGUGUUAUGACUUCUGACAGUUUGAGACAAGAUUCUAAAAUACCUUUAUAUGACUCCAAGCCAUGGAGAACCAGGCAAAAAUAAGAAAGGUACACGUACAAUUGUCAGAACUUGUAUGUUAUGUUAAUGACUUAAUGUCAGUUUAUAAUAAUUAUUUAUUAUUACUGGUAGUUUUAGAUACGCUAUGGAUCCCACUCACUAGAAAACUGGAAGUGUACGAGUUAAAAAUUCUAGAAUCAGAACUAAAAUGUACAUGACACUAUAACACAGCACGCAGCAGGGUUAAAUACUGCUAUUUUUUAGUUACUGGCACAUUAUUUUCAAGCAAUAUAUUUUUUUAUUUUUUGAAUUACAAAAUGUUUCAUGUUGGCCUUUUAGAUUCUAUUUACCUUUUUUUCUUUUUUUUUAUUGAAGGAGUUCAAUAUUAAAUAUGUAUAGAAAUAAAUUAGUAUUAUAAUAAGAGGAAGAAUGAAAUCAAUGUGACAGCAAUAUCUGACUGUGAGUGACAGAUUUUAUUUAUGAUAAGUAUCAUGUCUUGAUCAUGUUUAUCAUAAGUAUCAUGUCUUGAUUCUACUGGGAAGUUUUGACAGUCCUCGUUGGUGACAGGCCAUUUUGUGCGUUAGGGAAAGUAGGUUAGAUGUAAAUUUAACAGAAAUCUGAUGAUCCUACUUCUUUACCAUGCACUUUUGGCCACGAAGGGUUUCAAUAAAAAAAUUAUAACCGUAGUAGCGGCAGGUUAAGUGAACCAGCAAACAUUUUAUAUCUUGUUGGUAGUGACUUGACUAGUAAUAGUAUAAAUGAUUAGGAUAUUUAACGGGAUAGUGCAAGUUGUGUGUGAUGAAAGAGGUACAUGGCUGAUGACAGCUUUGAGUACUCAUUAUUGAUAAUUAUUUAGAUCUUUUUUACAUGAAGAAAGAUUCAUUAGAUUUGGUACUAUUUAUUGGAUAAUUUAUUAUACUUGACACUAACUAACCUAACCUGUAAUCAGGCCAGAUUUUUUGUUGUGUAUUAUUGUUUGUGCUGCUUUCCCAUGUGUUUGGGAACUUUUUGACCAAAUGGACGGAAAAGAGUCUGAUUGCAGGUUAUCUUGAUAAAAAAAGUUUCAAUACUUAAAUUAGUACAGCAUCAUUGUGAAAUAAGGUUUAUAUGCAUUAUGAGAAAUAUGCACAUACUGUAUAUAUUGUAAAUAAUGAAUCACUUUGUGCUAUUACAGUUAGAAAUAUCGACUACUCAAUAAAGAGUCAGAAAUUAUUACAUACUUUACAUGCAUAUUGUACAUGUACAAUAUAGAGUAUAUAACAUGACCGCAAGGAGACACGAAAUUUCUGUUUGAGUAUUGGAAAAAUAUUUCAUGAGUGAGCGCAGCAAACAAGUUAAAUAUUUUUGAACACAAGAAGAGAAAUUUCGUAGCUCCAAGAAGCCAUGUAAUGUUUUAUUUAUUAUAUAAACACCAUUGAAAUACCAAACCACUUUUUGUGUGAAAGGUGCGGUGUAUUAUGUUGCCAUAGCAACGGUGUUCUUUUCACUUGUGAAUACAGGAUGUAAGUUUUACAUGUGAAGCUAUAAUGUUUUUGCACGAAAGCUCACCUUGUAUUUCAUUGGCGUUUAUAUGAUAAAUUAUUAUAACAUCUUGAACAGUACUACUAGCAAGGAUAAUCUAUUACAAACAAGUGUGUAGCCGGUGUAGCUGAUGGCAUUGGGUCCAUGAGUGCCUUGUUUCAAUCAAAAUUGCUUUUUUUGACAGUUUAGUCCCGAGGGGAAAUUGACAUGAUUAAAGUUCAUUUUGACUUUUAUAGCCACCAGUGAAAUUCCCUUGCUGUCUACAAUUUCCUCCACCCAUAAAAAAGCUCUCUUUCACUCCUGAGGCCCUGUUAGGCUUUAAUUCAGACAAGCGACAUGGCCUUGAAACAGUGACAUAAGACAGGUGAAAUGGCGACAAACGACAUAAAGAUGGGUUAAAACUGCGACUGUGACAAAAUGGGUAAAAACUGACAGUGACAAGGAAAAUCACAAAUACAAUGGUAAAAUGUCAACAGCAACAUGGCCUCCUCUCCUAUAUGCGAAACGACCACCUAAGGACACGUAUUCCCCCUUAGAGGGCCUCAUUCCUGCCUUCCCUUGCUGUACCAGCUACACCGGCUGAUCUUGCAGCCUUGCUACACACCACCAAGCGUGACAAAUUUUACAGAUAAGGAAACACUAGAGCACCACACCUGGCAAUGUGAACUUUUCACUUUUGAAGCCCCUGAGUUCACAAGCAGCAAUUAAUUUGAGUAUGUCUACCUAAACGUUUAGCUCAUUUUUCUUCUCUACUUCACACAAAUAAGUAUUGUAGCAAAGUAAGUACUCUCUAUAGUCAAGGUGGCUCCAAUGAGUGGAUGAUAAAUCUAGUAAUAUGCACCUUAGAUGUCUUUUUAGGGAACGAAAAGUGUGACUUUAUAAGCAAGUUACCUGAUAGAAAUAUCUUUGACCUUUCAUUUAUUCCCAUUAUUUUGGCUAUACAGUUUCACCUGUAUGCUGUGCUUCAUUAAACCCUCUCCCUGUCCUCUUCUCCCCGCCCCCCUCCAGAAAACCGAUUUUGGCUUUUUGCUCUCUUUGUAUGCUCCCUAUUUGAAAUUUAGGCAUCGUAGCACAAGUAAUGUUUCUGAUUUGCCUUACAAUACAGACACACAAAGGACCAAGGCAGUUUCAGGUAUUCAAAGCAAAACACUUCUUUCUUUUGAUUACAGCUUGUAGUCUGAAGGUUGAUAGGGCGUUGUAGUUUGGUGCAAGUGAUGUCUUUGGCCAGAUAGAGGGAACGGGAAAGGGAAGGUGUGGUCUGGGGUGUGUAAUCCUGUUGUUGCCUGAGGUACAGGGAUGCUUAAAACCUUUUUAAUGCUUAGCCUCCCAGAGUCUGUUUUGAAGGCCUAAGACUAACUUUAUUUGUCGAGUCUCUGCACUUAUUUGCAAGGAUUGGCCUUCUAAUUGAAAUCUUUUCAUAAUACUUUUAUUCGUUUUUCAAUGUCUCUUUUCUUGAAUUCUAUUCUGGGGUACAAAAUACGUCUUAAAAAGACUUUGUCACUGGUGUGACUUCCUGUCAAAUUGAAAGUUGGUAUAAUAUGAUUCAUCUUUUAGCUGCGCAGUUUUUGUUACGUUUUAUUUCGUCCUAACUUUGUGUUACACGGACUAAGUUUUGUUUUUUGUAAUGGGAACUGGAAUUUUGUUUUGGAAAAAACUUGCUGAGGGUGGAUUUUCCUUUUGGCCUUGACAAUACUCCGUCAAAGUUUCAACGUCUAAAAUAGUAACGAGGAAAUUCCAAAAUUCUUUUCUUGUAAUCCACUAUACAAUACAUAAACUAAAGAAUAAUUUUUGUUCUCCAAGCUUCCGGUGUUACACUUGCAUGUUGCUGAGGGUGGAAAGAAUCAAACCACAUGUCUAAUAUCCUGAUGAAUUUGUAUCAAAAUACCAUCUUCUUUGUACAGUUUCCCUGGGCUUUAUCAAUGGAGGGACCCACUUUUCAAAUAGCGCUUGAAAGUGCCUUGGGUGGCUUUGUAAUGCAAAUUAGAAGAGUCUCUUCCUAAGUAACCUUUAUCUCUGGUUCGUUUCAUGAGGACUUUUUGCUUAGCAAAGCAAACUUUGUUAACUCUUUGUGCCCUUUUGUGAAUAUUUUCACUGAACUGAAAAAUAAUGCAUGCAUUUUGUCCAGAGAGUGUGGGGUAGAGGGAAACGGAUUUUUAGAAAUUUUUCGUGAAACGCAAAUGUUUGUCUGAGUUUCUUUAUUUCUGCUUUGGUAAGAAGUUUGUAUUGUAUUCAGUUAAUUUAUGCUGGUGUUGAUGAUUAUCAUUUGUGUUAUGAUAAACCACCGUGAUCGUAGGAAGUUACAUCACACAGCUUAAUAUCCUUAAAAUAACUAAAGAAAAUUUCUCAUAAUUACAAGGUGAAUAAUUUACUUCUUAGGUUUCGAUCAAGCUAUGAUGCAUGAUAAUCACUAAUAUGUAUUCGUGAAUUAAAUUCUAUAGGUUAUAUAAACAUUAUUUCUACAGUUGAAAGGUCAGAAUUAAAUUAUUAUUAAACUUAAUUCUUAAGAAACUGAGCUAACGCAGCAGUAACUGUUCCUUUUCCUGAUUUUUUUUUAAGGCAAGAAGGUCUUUUUGCAAUAGAUGAAAUUAAAUUUGUUGGUUUUUAAUCAUUAUUUUGUGAAUGAUAUUAAAUAAGCUGUAAAUUGUAGUUUUUUAAUCUACAAAUCAUCAUUAUUUCAAGUUGACCUAAAGAAAAGUUUAAAACGAGUUGUUUUAAUGAAAACAUUUACCUCCUGACUAUCUGUCUUUACUGUUAGUGAUUCCCCUUUAAAGAUCCGAUAAAUAAACUGUAAUGGUUUAUAAAUGCAUAGGGCUGCACGUAGUUGUCGUGAAUUACUAUAAUCUCCAAUGACCUUAUGACAUAAUUUUCUUAAAUUCAUAUAAAUCACUGUCCCAGUUUAAAUUGUGCAUGACUUAAAACAGUGCAUGAGUCCCCUUGUUCCACCAUUCAAUUCACAGGUAGUCCAAUUCUUCCAGAGUUACCCCCUCAACGCCCAUCUUCAACCUCAAGUCUGAAGGGAGAUGGGCUAAAAACAAGGAAAUCAAAGAAAAAGUUUAAUAGGUGAGCUUGGAAGUUUUAACUGUACUUAAAGCUUGCUUAUCAUAGUUUGCCUAAGUAAAGCUUUUUUUUCGGAUUUCGCAUAAGGUACCACUGACUGUUUAAAGUCCUGACCUCUCUAGGACAAGAGAAACCCCCCAAAUACCUUUAAUAUAUAAGGGAACAACCUAGAAACCAAAACUGUCUUGGAUUCCCACACAUUGAGCGAUUCAGCAGUUUCUCCUGAGUGUUGUACCCUUUUGCAAAGGUUGAUAUACUUUCUGGCUUUGAUGCUACUGUAUACUCUGCCCAAAACAGAUAUCCUCUAACAAGCUUUCACUUCCCAUCACUAUGCUGUUUUUUGGCAGCUAUUAGAAAUAAAUAGACUUUGCUGAUCACAAGUUGUGUGUGUGUUUUUUUAACUAAACGUUAUUACAAGUCAAGUGUUCUAUUUGUAUGAGGUAAGCUGGGAUUUUGCUUUCGAUCCCACAGUAAACUUUAAAGAGGAGAUAUUACCCUGAAUUGUUAGUCCUUGAUUGAAAUCACAUUGUGAAACUAUUCUAAUGCAAUCUCAGCGAAAUUCCCUGACCUGGUGCACUUUAUUUUUGUGUAUUCCACUCGUGGAAUUUGGUAGUAGUUUUCUAUCGACCUUAAGUAUCACUAGAAAUAAAGUAAAACGUUAUAGUUAAUACUUAUCCCAGCCCAUCCCAGGUAAUGUGUGUUUUAAAUCGCUAGAGUAUAUCUCAAAUAAUUUAGUGUGAAUUCGUUUAUUUUCUUGCAUGACAACUAUCUGUUUUUGUCCAUAGGGAUGUAGUUGGUGAAUUCAACUGUCUACGAAGGAGAGUGGAAGAACUACAACUGGUACGUGAAAUCCAUUAAACUCUUAAUGUAAAAGCGUCUUAUUUCUCAUAAUAGCAAAGUUUAAUUAAACUUGGAAGUCACGAGGAUAUAGCGAACUUAGCAGCCUCACGUUUUAAACAAAUUUUAGUCCUGUACAAUGUGUGGGAGAUGGUGUUGAGAAUGUUGGUACCAAACGUGUAAAACAUUUAUGUCAGUCUUAAAUUUGACGUUUUACAAAAUCCUAUUUGCAGUUGGACAUGAUAAAACACCAACGUUUUGAACCCCCAAAUUUCAUAGUGAUGACGUAAAUCUGUCCAUAAUCUACGUACGAUUACCGUUUAAAGGUCUCAAAAAUAUACAAGGCACUCAAUCCUCUAACAAACACUCCUUCCCUUGUAAUAUACUUGCUCUUCAAGAAUUAUUUCAGAUUUUCUGGCUCAAAUUUAGAGUAGCAACAUUUUGCAAUUACGAGAACGAGAAACUCGAACAAAUUUAUAUUUUGAAACUCUGUGAGUACUGGUUUAUUUAUGUUAACAUUGAUUUGCGUCAUCAGUAUGGAAUUUGUGAGGCUAAACCUUACACAUGUCUCACGAAAGAUCCCCAGUGAAGAGGAGCAAGAAGAGGAAGUUGACUUCACAGACAAAAUCUAAUUACUCGGUUACAAUGCUUAUUACAUUAAAUCUUAUUAGAAUACAAGAAAGAGCGAAAAAACAACAACAGUUACAAAAAGAUUGAGUGCCCUUUGGUCUCCCUCCUUGUAUCCACCUGUCUCUUUGCCCGGGGAGGAUAGUCCCUAUAAUGGCCUAUACGGUGAGGCUCCGCCCAAAAGGGGUACCUUUUUCAGGCCUCAGAUGUAUGAAAGGGUAGGGAUUUUACCAGAUGAAGUACCGUAAAAUUCCGAAAAUAAGCCCCGGGGCUUAUAUUUUUCAAAGGCCCUUUUUGAGGGGCUAAUAAACGGAGGGAAGUUUUCGUUUCAAUAUCGGCAAGGCUUAUACUUGGGGGGAAAUUAGCGUCUCAAAAUCGAUUGGGCUAGCUUAUAGUUGAAAGGAAAUUUAUGUCAGUAAUUUGCAGAAAGUUUUUACUGAAACUCGCCUUGAGGACGUAGACCUUUCUAAAACGUGGCCAUACAAGUACUUUGUCCAUAUGGAAGGAGAAAAUUAAGGCUAAGAGUGAAGACGAACCACACAAACAGCAAUUAACUGUGACACUUUCUGACUACAAACACUUGGCAGACACGAAAUAGUUCUUUGGCAAAUACAAAAAUUGAUAUGUUACUGUACCGUUUUUGCCUUAAUUUAUUUUGUAUUUUAGGGCACUUUCCAAGUACAAGCCCCCAGGGGCUUAUAUUCGAAGGGGCGAUUUAACGGAGGGUUUUUUGCGUUACGAGUUUGAGGGGCUUAUAUUUGGAGGGGCUUAUUUUCGGAAUUUUACGGUAUAUGAAAGGGUAGGGAAAUGUGUCUUUUCCGUCUGUCAAAAGACCUAAAAGAGCUAAUAAGAGAAAUUAUGGCUAUGAAAAGGGUGAAAAGAUUUCCUGGUAUUGUGAUUUCUUUUUCAUAUUUAAAAGACAGUGCAUCUACAGCAGUUAAAAGGGAUACAGUGGUUCUAACUAGGUAUGUGAAAGGAGUGCCAUUUGGCAGUGGAAGGUAUACGAAAGAGGUCCCUUUUCUGUCAAAAAUGGUAUGUAAAACUGGUGAGGGGUUGGACCUCGGGGCGGAGCCUCUUCGUAUUAAACUUUGUUGAGUAACCCCUCCCCCCACCCCCGGGCUGUAUUUAAAAGCUUCCCAGGCUACCACCUUGGUUGCCCUCUGAGUUCAUUACAUUGCUUUAAUUAAAUGAAAUAUUUCUCCAUUGAUCUUAUUUCCCCCCUAGGAAACUGAAUCUCUCCGGAAAAGCUUGCUUGAGGAACAGGAUGCACGGAAAAAGAUGGAAAAGUUUAUUCGUUGUUCAUUGAAAGGAGUUAUUCCCGAUGUCAAGUGGGAGGACAUUGACAAAAGCUAG